ACUUUAGUGGUCAUGUGGUCCUAAACGUCAUACCCGGAAGCGUGACGUGGGUUAGCAUUGCUAAGCUAGGGAUUGGCGCGAGGACGAUGGCGUCCUACUUUGACGAGCACGACUGUGAACCCACCAACCCAGAGGAGCAGUACCGUCAGAAUGCCCUCCUGGAGCUGGCCAGGUCUCUGAUGCAGGGCCUGGACAUCGACUCGGACGCCUUCGACCUGUCGGACUGGGACCAGCGGCUGCCCCCCCCGGCCGCCGCCGCCGCGGUCCGGACCCUGUGUGUGGUGGUCGUCUCCCCCGAGCAAGCAGACAGAGGUCUGAAAUGUCCUGUGUGUCUGCUGGAGUUUGAGGAACAAGAGGCGGUGCGACAGAUGCCCUGCAAACACUACUUCCACUCGGGCUGCAUCCUGCCCUGGCUGGGGAAGACCAACUCGUGUCCGCUGUGUCGUCUGGAGCUGCCCACAGACAACCCGGAGUACGAAGAGUUCAAGAAGGACAAGGCGAGGCGGCGGCAGAGGGAACACAGACUUGAGGACCUACAUGGAGCCAUGUACACAUGACACCUCUCCACACCUUGGUGCUGCAAUGCAUUGUGGGUCCGGCGCUCCUCCCCCCCGCUCUGUUUUGGUUUGGUGUUUCUUAUCCGGGGAUGCGGGACGGAAUUUUCCUUUCAAACAAAGAAUGAACUGAUUUAGCAUCGAGAUACGAGCUGUAAUACGGGCUGCACGCACAUUCCACCACCAACCCAUCAAUCCGGACUACUGAGUACUGAACGGGCACGUUCAUCAUCUCCUCUGCCUUCCACCCGCACCCUUUUAUAGUUUUAAUGACGACUAUAUUAUUAACCAAUAUUGUCUAAAUAUGGAAACAUUUUUACGUUGUUCCCCGAAGAUUUUUGAAAGAAUACCACUCAGGCAUUAUAUGGUUGUAUGCGUUUGAAAAUGAAGAAGUAUAUUGAUACUUUCCUGGGUUUAUUAUCAGCAUCACUCGCUCCAUUGGAUUGGGUGCACAUAUAUCUAUAUCUAUUAAUGGAAGUGUGAUAUAUAUAUUAAAAGUGUGAUCACUGAUGUCUGUCCACUGUAGGGUUCUCCACCAUGCAAACCCCCACCGCCACGCCUACCACGUGUAACCACCUUUCAGCUUCUUGCGCUUCGUUUCUGACAUGAAAUAAAUGAUAAAUCUCCA